AUGUCCCGUGAUGGCAGGCAUGAGAGUGAGCACGCCCUGCGCCUGCUGGUGGAGGCGGACAUGUGCGGGAUGCACAAGCUCCUGGAUGACAUGAGCCUGGCCAAGGCCGACCUGGAGGCCCAGCAGGAGUCCCUGAAGGAGGAGCAGCUCUGCCUCAAGAGCGACCAUGAGCAGGAAGUGAACACCCUGAGGCGCCAGCUGGGGGACAGGCUCCGGAUCGAGCUGGACACUGAGCCCACCGUGGACCUGAACAGUGUGCUGGAGACGAUGCGGUGCCAGUACGAGGCCAUGGUGGAGACCAACCGCCGCGAUGUGGAGCAGUGGUUCGAAGCUCAGUCUGAGGGCAUCAGCCUGCAGGCCACGUCCUGCUCCGAGGAGCUGCAGUGCUGCCAGUCGGAGAUCCUGGAGCUGAGGUGCACGGUGAACGCCCUGGAGGUGGAGCGCCAAGCCCAGCACAACCUGAAGGACUGCCUGCAGAACUCCCUGUGUGAGGCUGAGGCCCGCUAUGGCACCGAGCUGGCCCAGAUGCAGAGCCUGAUCAGCACCGUGGAGGAGCAGCUGUCUGAGAUCCGGGCUGACCUGGAGCGGCAGAACCAGGAGUACCAGGUGCUGCUGGACGUCCGGGUCCGGCUGGAGGGCGAGAUCGACACGUACCGGAAGCUCCUGGAGAGUGAGGACUGCAAACUUCCCUGCAAUCCAUGCUCUACGCCUGCCUCCUGAACCCUUUGUCCAAGCUGUGCCCCCCAGUCCUGUGGGUCUUUCUCAGCCAGUGGAACCCCAUGCUGA